GCCGUGUCAUAGCAAAGUCAUUUUCUUCGUUCGGAUCGCGUGAGUCAAGCUGCGGUAGAGAGAGGGCCUUGCAACAGGCGAAAAUCUCCAAACGCAGACGGAUUUUGGGUCCAACUCCCACCGACGUUCCGCUUCACGCUCGAGAAAAUCCAGCAAACAUCGAAGCAAGCCCAACGAGAAAACCGGCGCCAUGUCGGCCACUACUCCCCUUCCCGCUGUGGAGGGGCUCCAGAUCUCCAAGAUGAAGGAGCUGAAGGGCACCGAAAAACGAUCUGCCUUGGUUGCUAUCGAGAAGAAGUACCAACGGAAGUGGGAGGAAGAUGGCGUAUUCCACUUCAACGCGCCCUCGACCGCCGACUACCCUCUGGACUCGAUCUCUCCCGCCGAUCUGCGCGCCAAGUUCCCCAAGUUCUACGGCAACAUCGCAUACCCCUACAUGAACGGUGUGCUGCACCUGGGACACUACUUCACCAUGAGCAAGGUCGAGUUCCAGAUUGGCUACAAUCGCAUGCAAGGCAAGCGCACAUUCUGGCCCCAGGGCUAUCACUGCACCGGCCUACCCAUCAAGGCCUGCGCCGACAAGCUAGCCGACGAGGUCAAGAAAUUUGGCCAGGAGUUUGAACGCUACAAGGAAGAGGAGGAGGCGCCCGCCCCCGAAGUCAAGCCUGCUGCCGGCAAGCGCGAGGACUUGACGAAAUUCACCGCGACCAAGGGCAAGGCCAACGCGAAGACGGUCAAGAAGAAGUACCAGUUCCAGAUCAUGGAGUCCAUCGGCAUCCCCAAGCAGGAAAUCCACCGCUUCGCCGACAGCCAGUACUGGCUCGACUACUUCCCGCCCCUGUGCGAGGCCCACCUCAAGGCCACCGGUUCCAGGAUCGACUGGAGGCGGCAGUUCGUCACGACCGAUGCUAACCCUUACUAUGACGCCUUUGUGCGCUGGACCAUGAACCGACUGAGGGAGGCCAACAAAAUCAAGUUCGGCAAGCGUUACACCAUCUACUCGGUCAAGGACGGGCAGCCUUGCAUGGACCAUGACCGCGGAGAAGGAGAAGGUGUCGGCCCGCAGGAGUACACUGCCCUGAAGCUCAAGGUGAUAGAGUGGGCGCCCCAAGCCGCUGCUGCCAUUGAGGGAAAGCUCCCCAGUGGCGCCGAGGUGUUCUUGGUCCCCGCAACUCUGAGGCCUGAGACCAUGUACGGACAGACCUGCUGCUUUGUCGGUCCCAAGUUGAGGUAUGGCGUGUUCAAGGCCGCUGAGAACCAGUACUACGUCAUCACUGAGCGGUCCGCCAAGAACAUGGCCUUCCAGAGCCUCCUGGACAAGGACAUGACAGUCCCGGAGAAGGUUGCCGAGCUUGUUGGUUCGGACAUGGUCGGGACGCUGGUAAAUGCCCCCCUGUCUAUCCAUAAGCAGGUCCGGAUCUUGCCCAUGGAAACCGUCAAGGAGACCAAGGGCACAGGCGUUGUCACUUCGGUGCCCAGUGAUUCGCCCGACGACUACGCUACCGUCAUGGACCUUGCCAAGAAGGCCGACUAUUAUGGCAUCAAGAAGGAGUGGGCCGAGCUUGAGAUCAUCCCGAUUAUCGAUACCCCAUCAUAUGGCGAUCUCUGCGCCAAGUUCCUGGUCGAGAAGCUCAAGAUUGCGUCGCCAAAGGAUGUCAAGCCAUUGACUGAGGCUAAAGAGCUGGCCUACAAGGAGGGCUUCUACCAGGGCAUAAUGAAGGUCGGAGAAUUUGCCGGCGACAAAGUCGAGGUGGCCAAGCCCAAGGUUAGGCAAAGCCUGAUCAACGACGGCCUGGCGUUCGCAUACGCCGAGCCGGAGAACAAGGUCGUGUCGCGGUCUGGAGACGAGUGCAUUGUUGCCAACCUCGACCAGUGGUACAUAGACUACGGUGAGGAGUCGUGGCGCAAGCAGGCGCUAGAAUUCGUGGCCAACGUUGACGGCAAGGGACUGGACACGUACAACUCGGAGACGCAGCAUGCAUUCAAGGGCUCCUUGAACUGGCUGAACCAGUGGGCCUGCGCAAGGACGUACGGGCUGGGCUCCAAGCUGCCCUGGGAUCCCAAGUUCCUGGUUGAGUCCCUGAGUGACUCGACCGUAUAUAUGGCAUACUACUCCCAGGUGCCGUUCCUGCACAAGGAUCUGUUCGGCCGCGUCAAGGGCUCUGCCAAUAUUGAGCCUGAACAGAUGCUUGACGAGGUUUGGGACUACAUUUUCUGCCGAUGCGAGAUGGACGACAAGCUCCUCGAGGCCUGCAAGAUCUCCAAAGCAACUCUAGAGUCCAUGCGCAGGGAGUUCCAGUACACAUACCCCCUGGAUCUGAGGGUAUCAGGAAAGGACCUUAUCCCGAACCACCUGACCUUCGCCAUCUACUGCCACAUCGCCCUGUUCCCGCCCGAGUACUGGCCCAAAUCGUUCCGUGUCAACGGUCACCUGAUGAUGAACGGAGAGAAGAUGAGCAAGUCGACUGGCAACUUCAUGACGCUGGAUGAGGCUACCAAGAAGUUUGGCGCCGACGCUCUGAGGAUGGCAAUUGCGGACUCCGGCGACGGUGUGAACGACGCAAACUUCGACGAGGACGUUGCAGACAACAGCAUUCUGCGCUUGUUCACCACGCGCGAGUGGAUCGAGGAGACGGUCAAGAACAUCGGAGACCUGCGGACGGGCGAGCUCAACUCGUUCCAGGACGCCCUCUUCAGCAACGAGCUGAACGUGUUGGUUCGCGAAGCCGAGAAGCACUACGGCGACACGGCCUACAAGCUCGCGCUGCAGUCGGGAUGGUACAACUUCUCGAGCGCCAUCAGCUUCUACCGCGAGGCUUGCACAGCGGAGGGCAUCAAGUUGCACCGUGACGUGGUCCUGCGCUACGUGGAGCUGCAGGCGCUGAUGCUGCUGCCCAUCGCGCCGCACUGGGCCGAGUACAUCUGGCUCGAGGUGCUGGGCAAGAAGGAGACGAUCCAGAAGGCGCUCUGGCCCGAGGUGCCGGCUGCGGACCCGGCACUGACUGCGGCGCGCGAGUACGUCAAGAUGACAUCGUCAAACGUCAACUCGGCCGAGUCGGCGCAGCUCAAGAAGAAGGCCAAGGGCAAGGAGGUCUCGUUCGACCCGAAGCGGCCCAAGAAGCUGACCAUCUUCACGGCGGAGGCAUUCCCGGCAUGGCAGCAGAAGUACAUUGAUCUAGUCAAGGAGUCGUGGGACAGCUCCAAGGGCGGCAUCCGCGACGAGAAGGAGCUCUCGGCGCGCAUCGGCAAGAUGGGAGAGAUGAAGAAGGCGAUGCCCUUCGUGCAGGCCCUCAAGAGGCGGCUGCAAGCCGGCGAGAACGCCUCGGCGGUGCUGGAGCGCAAGCUGGCGUUUGACGAGCAGACGACGCUGCUGGCCAUGGUGCCCGGCCUGAAGCGAACUGCCGGCUGCGUGAGCGUCGACGUCGUCGCCGUGACCGAAGGCAGCAAGAAGGGCAAGCUGCUGUCGGACGACAGCAAGAUGGUGGACGUGACGGCCCAGGCCGCCGACGGGGCGGUUCCCGGCCAGCCAACUUUCUUCUUUGAGAACGUGGAGGCAUGAUUGUGCGAUGAUGGGAUAAGGAUGGCUGCGAGUGCAAUAUUGGGAACAGGGAAAUUCCACAUGUGUGGGUAAAUGGAAUGCGGCUCGGAAAGGGAAGCUAUGUGCAUGUCGAGCCAGAUAUUGAGGAACACGAGGAGAUAUGACAAGGGGGCUCACCAGGCUUGGUUGUACUGUCCUCCUGUCUGAUGCAUAUCUCUCCCAGUUUCCCUGUGCGCUUUCCAAGUGAUAUUCCGGCUCGCUAGAGAGAUUUCUGCUCUCCGUGCUAGAAAAGAGAAGAGGUGGCAAUGAUUUUCUUUGUUUUUUCUACCCGCCGCUUGAUAACUGUAGGUGGCAAGCGACCACAAGGCUCCUCUUCCUCUCAACUGCAUCCUCUCCCUUCCCGUGUCGUACCGUCGUUCCAUCUGGUACAACGAGUAACGCUGGCCACUGAGGAAAGGAGGUGCCACUAGGGAGGACAUGAUGCAACCUCCAGGACUGUUGCAAUUACUGUGCCCUCCUGGCGAUCGCACUACAACCGUGUGGGAGGUUCUGUGGGAGACAGCUAGCCCCCCCUUUGAUCAUCUAGGUGCCCCCUUCGACUCUAUGAUUACGUGCCACCUCUCGGUGAGGCAAACGCUAUUUAAGGGGCCUCCAUCACGAACAACCUGCGUUAUGCCAUGGGGAAAUCUCCCUGGCCACCCAGAAAAAAAAGGGAAGAAACGGAGGCGGCCUGUUUCGGUGCGCGCCUUGCCAGACCCUCGUGUGUCACCCUUUGUGGUCCGCAGCCGACCCCCUCCCCUAGCCUUCCGGAUUCUGCGGGCAGGAGCCUUCCCCUGAGGCCGGCGCCGACUGCGUCCUUGGCGCACAGGAG